GUUCAAAAUUUCAUUAUUUAAUAUGCACGGAUGUUUUAGCAAAUCGGUAUGUCUGAUGGUGCUUAUAUGUUGCGUGGAGGUGUUGCAUGUGACGCAUGCCGAGAAGUCACAGAGGAGCAAUGAGAAUCUUCUUUGUACCCAUCUACUAAACAUCAAAUUACUGGACAAAUGUUGUGGUAAUUCCAAGACCAGUAAACUGUUAUUCAGAAGCAGCCCUUGUGACGACAUCAAGAAUGAAUAUGGCGCUUGCCAUUAUGCGUGUAUUUAUAAUCACUGGGGACUGCUGGGCGAUAACAAUAUACUGAAUGUGUCCAAUGUCAGUUUGAUGAUAGAUCAACUAUAUGGCGCGGAUAGCGAGUACUUAAGCUAUGGUGAAGUGCUCAGAUCUUCCUACCAGCACUGCAAUAAUCUGAGCAACAUUUUCGUUGACAUUGCGCCCGCAUUAGGAGCACCACCAACAAAGGAGAUUAUUCCUUUUGAGAAAUGCGAUAACAUGGCCAUGUUAUAUAACAAGUGUGUGGCAUCGAAUACGUUUCUUAAUUGUCCCGCACGCUACUGGCAGGAGAACGUCGUCGAUUGUAACGACGGACAGGAGCUGUUGGCCAACUGUGUGGAAUUCUUCAGGGACCUGGACUUCAGUGUGCAUAGCAAGACAGCGAACAGUGGCGCCACGAGCUUCAAGUUGCGCUCGCAAAGACACCAGCCAGACACGCCUUGGUAUACGGUCUUCGUCAAUUGGCUUCUUUUCUAAUCGAUUGGAAAUCCAACUGCUCAGGUUCUUUAGAUAGAAUUAUUUGAAAUAAAGCAGAAUCGUUGAAGUAAGAAAACACGAA